GGAUUAGGACAGGAGGGCUCAGCCGAACUCCAGGAAUUGGGGAAGAAGGGAAAAGAGCUGCGGGGAGGCAGCGCUGCCCUCGCACAGAGCCUUGUGAGUGGGCCUGUCACGGACUGGUGACGAAGUGGCCCCGAGAAACCCCAGACGCGAGAUGCUCCACACCCUGAGCAGCUGGAGGAGCAACUGUGCGUGCGCUGCGGAGGGCCGCCGAAUCAUGUCGAUGAGCCCAAAGCAUACGACUCCUUUCUCAGUGUCUGACAUCUUGAGUCCUUUGGAGGAAAGCUACAAGAAAGUGGGCAUGGAGGGCAGUAACUUGGGGGCUCCCUUGUCAGCCUACAGACAGUCUCAGGUUUCUCAGCCGGCCAUGCAGCAGCAUCCCAUGGGCCACAACGGAACAGUGACUGCCGCCUACCAUAUGACAGCGGCAGGGGUCCCCCAGCUCUCCCAUGCUACGAUGGGGGGCUACUGCAAUGGGAACCUGGGCAACAUGAGCGAGCUCCCGCCUUACCAGGACACCAUGCGGAACAGCGCUUCGGCGACAGGAUGGUACGGCACCAACCCGGACCCUCGCUUCUCCUCAAUCUCCCGCUUCAUGGCGCCGUCCUCGGGCAUGAACAUGGGCGGCAUGGGCAGCCUCGGCUCCCUGGGAGACGUGAGCAAGAGCAUGGCCCCGCUCCAGAGCACGCCGCGAAGGAAACGGAGGGUCCUUUUUUCCCAGGCUCAGGUUUACGAGCUGGAGAGACGUUUCAAACAGCAGAAAUACCUCUCCGCCCCGGAGAGGGAACAUUUAGCCAGCAUGAUACAUCUCACCCCGACUCAGGUCAAAAUCUGGUUCCAAAACCACCGCUACAAGAUGAAACGCCAGGCCAAAGACAAGGCUGCGCAGCAGCAGAUGCAACAGGAGAACGGCUCCUGCCAGCAGCAGCAGUCUCCCAGAAGGGUGGCAGUGCCAGUGCUUGUAAAGGAUGGCAAGCCCUGCCAAGCAGGCUCCAACACACCCACAGCAGCUAUCCAGAGCCAUCAGCAGCAGGCAGCUACAACGAUCACAGUGGCUACCAAUGGCAACAGCCUCGGACAGCAUCAGAGCCACCAGACAAACAGUGCGGGGCAGUCUCCAGACAUGGGACAGCACUCGGCCAGCCCAUCCUCUCUGCAGAGCCAAGUCUCCAGUUUGUCUCACCUAAACUCUUCUACUUCUGACUAUGGCACUGCCAUGUCUUGCUCCACCUUGCUAUACGGUAGGACCUGGUGAAAGGAUUAAAAAAAGCAAAAGAAAAAUUAAAAAAUAAAAUUUUUAAAAAAUGAAAAAAAGGCAGGUUUUCCCAGUCACACAAAUCCUGUCCUGUCCAUACUACUGGGUGUUUUAAUUUUCUUUUAUUUUUUCCCCCUUUCAUUUAUAAAGCUUUUUUUAAAAAAAAAAAAAAAAAAUCCUUUUUUUUUUUUCGGUUGUAUUGGGUGGUUCCGUAAGGACCUUUAGGAGGGAGAGAGAUACUUUUUUUUGUUCGUUUUUGUUGUUAUUCUUGAUGGGUUCUGGUCUUUUUUUUUUCCUUUAUUUUUUUUUUUCCUUCCCUCAAUGUUGUUGUAUGGGGUGUUUAAAAAAUUCUGACUAAUAACCACGGAGCAGUCUGCAGAAAGGGGAUCAUCGUUAGGCAUGGUCCGAAGGCUUGGAUUUCAGAUGUACACUUUGCCAGAGUCUAGGACCUGCAUGUAAAUAUAGAGAUUUUGGGGGAUGGGGUGGUUUUCCCAAAAAAACGCAUUCGCGUCACCCAGACACAAGAAGCAGCUUACCCCCUCCCCCGGUCUCCCAUCCCAGUCCCACCGUCAGGGCCAGCGGACGGAGACGUGGAGUCAUCAAAGGCUUGGCUUUUAUUUUCCUCCUUACGUUUGAUGUGAACCUGUAGCUGUAUAAUGCUGUCAAAAGUUGGACUAAACCCAUAGUUUUUAGUAGCCUGUAUAUUUUGUUGUAAAAAGAAAAAGAAAAAAAUACAAUCAACCAAACCAACCCCCACCUUUUUUACGGACACUGAUCGUCCCGUCGUAAAUCCUCUGGCAGUUUGUUAUUUGCGCACGCCGCCUUUUCCUGUUGUAACUUAUGUAGAUAUUUGGCUUAAAUAUAGUUCCUAAGAAGCUUCUAAUAAAUUAUACCCAUUACGAACACUUUUUUUCCCCUUCGGUUUCCUUCCUGACCCCCCCUUCCCUGCACUUUUUAUUUUUUUUAUUAUUUUUCUUUUUUUUUCUUCUUUUUUUUUUUUUUUUCUCUUUUUCUUUUUCUUCUUUUUUCGUUAUGUAAAAACAACCCGGAAUGCUGCCAAACCCUGAAAGGCCCUUGCCCCUCCCAGAGCCCGGACCCCGUUUCCAGAGGGGAACUGUGCCAGGGAGUUAACGGGAUAUGGGAUCAGUUCUCAGCGUGCAGAAGUGACAAGCAAAUUCGUGGGACUGACAAACAGGAGAGAGAAGGGAUCGAGUCCAGGAUCAUUAGCCCGACUAUCGGGGGGAAAGGGGGCCACCUCAGACACUUUUUGCUAGAGAAACGAAGUACUCCGGGAGUAGAAAUUCAAAUGCCAAAGGCACGGAGGAGAAAGUAGAUAAAAGUCUAACGCCAGUAGAAAAAAAAAUAGCGAAGAAUCUGAUGACAAUAUAGAAGAUGCGCCCGAUUUGAAGAGCAUCCAGUUUUAAUAACGUGUAAAAAAAAAAAAAAAAAUCUACCAGGUAUUCCUAUGUACUUGUAUUUUAAGGGAAGUACAGUCACCUUAUUUAUAAUCAAAAUAAAAAGAUAGUUUAUUGUGUA